AUAUUUUACUCGUUCGGUGGUGGCCAGUACGACGACGUAGCCCAACACAAUGUCAUUAGUUUUGAUGGAUGGAGAGCGCGUUUAAACGGUGUCGUUUAUGUGGUCCGUAAUAUGAAUAUCCCAUUCCCACCCAGAAUACCGAAAACGGAAAACCUUCUUCAAACCCUUGCAGCUACUUCGCUACCGAAGCAGCUGUGUUUUGCUGAAAGUGGAAUGCUUGUCCUCUUCUGAUAAGUUUCUAGGGUUUCACUAGCUAGCUAGCUGCAUAGGAUCUUCUCAGUAGCUAUGGGAGGAUCCCGAGUUCAAGUUAACAAACCUCACAAGUCCCGUUUCUCCUCCAAAUCAUCUCGUCACCUUCAUAAAACAUCUCUGAAAGAUAAGAGCAGGAUCGCAAAAUCGGGGCACAAUGUCGCCAAGGGAGCUCGAGCUGUUCGAAUUCAGCGUAACAAGAUGUUGCGGGAGCAGAAACGUGCUACCCUCUUGAAAGAGAAAAGGGCUUCUACCGGUUCAUCAAGCCCUCCCCGUGUAAUUGUUCUCUUUGGCCUCUCUGCCUCCGUAAAUCUAGAUUCAGUUGCUGAAGAUCUUCUGAAAUUAUUAUCUCCUGAAGGUGGUGGAGCUGUGUCUUCAACAGUUGCAUCAUCCGAGUACAAACUGAGAGCAACUGUGUUGAAAGCACCACAAGGGGAUUUGUUAUCUUGUAUGGAAAUGACCAAGGUUGCUGAUCUGAUUGCUUUUGUGGUAUCAGCCAGUGAAGAAAGUGCUUCUGACUAUAUUGAUUCAUUUGGAAGUCAAUGCUUGUCAGUGUUUAGGUCUCUUGGUUUGCCAAGCACUGUUGUCUUCAUUCGUGAUCUACCUACUAAGCUGAAAAGAAGAAAUGAGUCAAAGAAGAUGUGUACUUCCAGGCUUUUAGUGAAUUUCCUGAGGAUUGUAAGUUCUACCCAGCAGAUACAAAAGAUGAGUUGCACAAGUUCUUGUGGCUAUUUAAGGAGCAAAGGCUAACAUUGCCUCACUGGAGACACCAACUGAUAUGGGUGUUAAUGUUAAUCCAGAGAAGGUGAGACGAGGUCCAAAACCAUUGAGAGUCUACUACAGAAAGAAUUUUAAGAAGAAGGAAGAUUCUGGAAUAGGACAGCUGGAAGGGAUUAAUUUGAAGGUUAUUCAGUUAGAGGGAAUCUCGGAUGGCACUCCUGACACUUCCUAAAGCAGCAGUAAAGAUAUAAAUAAGAGCUUCUGAGUUGAUAUGGGCAUUCUGGUUUUUUUUAUCUCAUUUGAUUCAGCAUUGCUGGGGCUAGCUUGAGCUAGUUCGGGAGAGGUCUCCGGGUUUUUCUUUUCUAUUUGUUUCUUCUGUGUCCAAAAGAGAGGAGAUGAGAGUAUUACUGUAUUGAGAGAUUUAUUGUAAUCUUGAGAUAAUUUCAGUAAUACAAUAUUAAUUUCUUCUCCCA